AUGGAAGAAGAGAUGUUGAGUAGGGUUUCAGAUAUUACAACAUUGCACGGAGUAGAAGAAGGUUGUUCAGAUUCUAACAGCAGCAAUCGUCCCCGUGGAUCGAACAAACGUCACAGACAAGAUAUGAGCGCAACACCAUCUGCAAGAUUUAAGGGUGUUGUUUCGCAGCCAAAUGGAAGAUGGGGUGCACAAAUAUACGUAAAGAAAGAACGUAUUUGGAUUGGGACUUUCAAAUCAAAGUCCGAAGCGGCUACGGCUUAUGAUUCUGCUACUGUCCAUCUAAGAAGCCAAGAUUCACCUCGUAACUAUCCAUUGACCCCUCAAACCUCGUUGGAACCUGAUUUCCAGAAUCUGUUUGAACGACAUGAAAUACUGAGUAUGCUCAGGGAUGGCUUAUACCAAACAAAGUUUAAUGAAUUUGUCAACUCUCGUUCAUUGAACCAAGGUAAGCAACCUGAUGGUUUGAGUCUGAGCUUGUCUACCGUGGGAAGUGCUAACGUAUGGUACCAACAGUUGUUUCAGAAAGAACUAGCUCCAAGUGACGUCGGGAAGCUGAACAGGCUUGUGAUUCCUAAAAGGUUUGCUGAAAAGUACUUCCCCGAGGUUUCGAAAGAAGAAAAGCAUCCUGGCGUGAUAGAUGACAUCCAGCUAUCAUUCUUUGACAGAGAGAUGAAGUGUUGGACGUUCCGGUACUGCUAUUGGAGAUCUAGCCAGAGUUAUGUGUUCACCAGAGGUUGGAACCGAUUUGUCAAAGACAGGAAAUUAGAGGCCAAGGACAUGGUUACGUUUUACAAGUGUCGAAAAGAGCAGAAAGAGUAUUACAUGAUUGACGUAGCGUUGAAUGGAGCUGAGAGUAAUGGUGGUUUUGUUGGUACGCAUGCUGCUGGAAAUAGAGAAGACUUACAAUUAGGUUUUGGUCAGAUUAGUAUUAACGAAAGUGGACCAUCAGAUAGGCCUACCAGCACACUAAUGCAAAAUCAGGAAGACAUGGAAGUUGCACCACCGCAAAGAGAGGAGGACAAGAAAAAGGUUGUCAUGCUUUUUGGUGUGAACAUUAGUUAA